CACAAAAGCAUGGAUUGAGUAAUGUUUUCUCAGAACUGGGUGAUUUCACAUUUCAUUUAGGAUUCAACAUUUUUAUUCAUGUAUUGGUAUCUUUAUUUUAACUGUAAUAUAUUACUUCGAGACUCAAAUAGCCUAUGAUAUUUAGAAAUUGUUGCAUCAUCUACUGAGUCAGUAAUAAAGGGGGUGACUAUGAAUGGAAAGCAGAAAUGUGGUUGUAAAACAAAAACUUCAAUCUGAGAGCAAAUCCUUUUAACCCAGUUCCACUACUCCAGGGUCCCAACUUCACUCCAAGUUAGGGCCAUGUUGCCAAUACACUAUAUGAUUUGUAAAUUACUCAGUUUGUGCUUGCCAUUGUUUGUGUGUGUGUGUUAGUGUGUGAGAAAUGUUUUAGAUUAGAUUAUCCUUACGCGUAUUAUAGAGAAUUUACUCUGAGCGCCCCCACGCCCCACUCCUGCCCCAGAGCUCAGUCCUCUCAGCUGACUCGGCUUUGUGGAACACAGUGAAGCGAGUUCUAGGCGUCUUUUAUAACAAAUUACUCACACUCAACAAAACAAGAACAGAUUGCACAUCUACCUACCUCACACACACAGACACACCAUGACUUAAUAAAGUGAUGAAAGGAGAACCGGACUAUAAAGACCUGGGGCACUUUCACUGGAUUUUAAACCUCAAAUUGGUGGACUAAAUAUUUUGUUCUUGUGGGAUUUAUAUAGAUAUAUAUUAUUUUUUGGUAUUUGUAACAAAAUGAUGAAUCAAUCACUCUGGAAAGAUACAGGCCUCUUUUAUCUGUCACAUUGAGAUUUCCUGCUGAAACGUUACCUUUUCACCUUUCACAUUAAACAAACAUGUUGUUGAUGUGCUCUUAACAACAACACAAGACUACAUUGGAGUGGGUAUUAGGAUGUGGAUUUUCAAUGUUUCCCUGGAAGACUGAAACUGAACUUUAACUGGAGAUGACGGACCUCACUGAAGUAUCUGUUUACUCAGAAUCCUCUGUCAUUUACAAGAAUGUUUUCUGCAACCCCGCGUUUGAGCUUGAGGGUGAGCGUGAGGAGAAAGUGGAACGAUUCAGUUCUGCCAUGUCCCCAGAGCCAGUAAAGAGCCCAGCAGCAAGCAGCCGAGGUGUGUUCAGUGUGUGUGUGAUGCGUCUGCGAGGUCCGUGGUGUAGCUGGGGGGCCGUGGUGGUCUCUGUUGCUGCUGUGCUCCUGGUAGCAGCCCUGGGCCUGGCACUGGUGCUCAUCUUCACACAACUAAAGGGGCAGAGUGUGGAUGGGGAAGUGGUGUCGACCAAUCCCCUGGACUUGUUGACUGGAGAUGGACUGCCUCGUGGUCUACCCACAACCCCCACCAACCACAGUCAUAGGGACAGUACAGUGGCCCCACAGCCAGCCAGAUACCCUACCCCUGAAACUAGAUGUGGGGGCGUAUUGACAGACUCAGAGGGCAGCUUUAGCUCCCCCAACCACCCUGGGUCGUAUCCCCCAGACUCUCUGUGUGUCUGGGUGAUCCGAGCGCGGCCCCCAUCCCUGGUCCAGAUCCAUGUGUCCUCUCUGACCAUAGAAGGACCGUCCCCCUGCCUCUUUGACUGGCUGGAGGUUCAGGAGGAGACGGAGCAACCUUCUGUUGUCACCAGGCUCUGUGGCAAUGUGGCACCCCCUACUGUGAACACCAACAGCAGCACUGUGUGGGUGACUUUCCGCUCUGAUGGGAGCAUUGGAGGCAGCGGCUUCACCGCCCAGUACCAUGCCAUCACACCUGAACAGAAGAGCUGCUCCAGGGAGGAGUUUAUGUGUGACCACGGGCGCUGCAUCCUGCCUGUGUCAGUGUGUGACGGUCAGCCCAACUGUCAUGACCACUCUGAUGAGGCCAACUGCAGCCACAAGCACAAAGAUUGUGGGGGCCAAAAGACUGGACCCUACGGCUACCUGGCGAGUCCAAACCACCCAAAGCCUUACCCUCAUCAACAGUUGUGCACAUGGCGGAUCUCUGUCGAGGAGGGUCAUGUGAUCAGGCUGAGUUUCCGUAACUUCAGUCUGGAGACUCAGGACGUGUGUGAGUUGGACUAUGUGGAGGUGCAUGAUAGUGCUGCCACCGGGACCGGUAGAGUACUCGGACGGUACUGUGGCACCAGCCUGCCUCCUGAGCUGACCUCCUCUGGGCCUCAGAUAACCGUGAUGUUUGUGGCUGACGAGGGUGUGGCAGACAGUGGCUUCAACGCCUCCUACCAGGCCAUCUCACUCUCCGAGAGAACAUGCAGUCCUACUCAGUUUGCCUGCAGCAGUGGGGAGUGCCUGCACCAGGAGUGGCUGUGUGACGGAUGGACUGACUGUGCAGAUGGGACAGAUGAGCACGACUGUGACAACUCGACCUAUCCCCCUUUCAGCUCGUCCUGUGAGCCCAUUGAGGUGGAGAUGUGUCAGGGCCUGAGCUACAACCUCACCUCCUUCCCCAACAUCUGGCUGUCCAUCGCUGAUCAGAGAGAGGCAGCCAUGCUGCUCCGCCAGUACUUGGUGCUGAUGGAGCUGGCGUGUUUCCAGCCCCUGCGCAGGCUGGUGUGUGGGAUGUUCAUGCCCCACUGCAGCCCUCAGGGUGGGGUGCUGCAGCCCUGCCGGUCAGUGUGCUCCUGGGCAGAGCAGCAGUGUAGUCAGGCCCUGGACAUCUUCACCUUCAGCUGGCCCUUCAACUGCCACCUGCUGCCUGACUCCCAAGACCCUGUGGAGUGCUCCAGCCCCUGAUGCCUCUGUAGUAUAGCACUUGCCCCUUGAAUUUUCUACAGUACAACCAUAGUAAUGAGAGGAAGCCAACAAAGGACUGACUACAAGAACUCUUAAGAAUACCAUCAAAGCUCCAAUCUUUUCAAGGAACCUUGGAGACUUGCAGUCUCUCUUGGGCACUGUACAUCAUCAUCAUCUAAGGACCUUUACAUGCAAUAAAGAAUCACAAUGUUGCACUCUGCAGACUCAAUAUGGUGCUAGCCUUGUACAGCAUAAUACAGAUGUAUGGAACAAAACUGGUUGGAGUUUACGUGGGAAUAGAAAAUAAAUGUACAUAUUAACAAAAACAAUAUGGAAUUUGACAUACUGUAGCGUGAUGUUUUGCAAAUGUGUGUGAUUGGACCAUAACUUUUUUGUAUAAUGAAUUUGACUGAAUUAAGUUAUCCUUUUCAACAACCAGAGACAAUACCUGUAUAUUAUACAUCAAAUGCAAUGUUUUUGCACUAUAUUUAUUUCUGUGUGCAUGUCAUAUAAAAUAAUGAUUGAUCCUGUCCAGAAUCCUAAGGAAAUAACAUUUAAAAAAUGAUAGAAUCAUAAAACAUUUUUGACACACAGAAACAUGGUGCCUUGCUUUCAUUAGGUUAGUGAAUGAAUGAACUGUCGAGAUUUGACCUUUCCAGGGAGUACUGCAGGUUAUUAUGUCAGUAUUACAAAAUACAGUGACAUUACAAUCCAAAGUGGCUUUGAGAUGGAAGGUGAUUGUUCCUUACAUGACCCUACCUAAUAUCUCAUAUAUUCAAUAUAUAACUUCUGACAUGUAUGCUUAUAUGGGAUACAUUGAAAGCAAGAUGGCCUCAAUU